AUGCCCGAACUUCAGGCAAAGUCGAGAUCAUCUGCCGAAAGAGCUCUUCUGGAUCCAUUAUUGCCUUCAUUAGGCGUCGGAACUGCUACAGGAGCAUUGGGCGUGGCCUAUGGUACUGUAGCUGGUAUUCUUGUUUCGACUCCAAGACCGCUGCUGUAUUCAUCUGUGUCUGGAGUGCAAUGGUUUUGUGCAGGAUCAACCUACUUUUACUGUCGUAGUGCUUUACUCGCACAACCAUCACUGUCCGCAAACAAUGACCUCCACCGAGUGGUUGCCAGUGGUAUAGGCGGGUCAUGUGCUGGAGCUGUGGCCGGAGCAUUCUUACCGAAGGGAGCCAUACGCUCAGGUGGCAUCAUCUUUGGAGUACUAGCAGCCGUCACCCAAGCCGGGCUGAAUUUUGCGCAAGGGUCGUCCAUUGGCUUUCCUUCAAUUCUACAACGUGGCCUUGCAGGUCUCAUUCCGAUGAAGUCACUCUCCGAUAAGGAAUAUGAGGACUUGCUUCUGAACAAGUUAAUCAAAGUCGAGGCGGAGAUCUCAAUCCUUGAUGAUCAAAUAGCGAACUUACGGACCGCAAGCAAACAGCAGAUGCCAACAAGUAUUGAGCAUACUCACGACAGCACAAAGUGA